AAAUGGAGGUCCGAUUCCUACCAAUAGGUGUCUCUGUAACACUUCUAUCAUAAUAUAAGUGUGCUGUGAACCUUGACGUAACAGGUCAAUUGUGUGUGUGUGUGUGUGUGUGUGUGUGUGUGUGUGUGUGUGUGUGUGUGUGUGUGUGUGUGUGUGUAGCUGUUAGUUAUGAAUAAAUAAAAACAAUGAAUAAAAAACACAUUACAGAGAAAUUAUCAUAAGAGCAUAUGCUCAACAUUUGGCAUGGCAGGGAAAAUAAGGGAUACAGCUGUUAUUUUGGUUGGAAAUUGGGCUCUAAUAACCAACAGAGGGUAAAAAUCCAAAUAGUCCAGAGGGAAUUCGGCUACACUGGUCUCCCUUGAGUGUAUUUCAUUUCUUGACACACUGGAAGUAAAACAGAAUAUUCCCAGUUCAGCUGGGUAUUCCCAUCUGAAAGCCCUGCAGUGACACUAACCUGGCAAGCACACAUUCAAAGCAGGUGGAGUCAAAACAGCAGCACGUGACAAGGUGCAGACUUUUAUAGAGGUGUACUUUGUUAAGAAAACACAUUUUCGCUGAGGCCUGUUACGGAGACAGGUUGUUGAGUUGAGCCCAACCAGUGUGAGUUUUGAAUAGACUGAUAGUUGAAUAUUUACCAUGGACCCCAGUGGUAUACUAAGUGGAGAGCAGAUUGAUAUUCUCUCUACUGAGUACUUAGUGUUGCUCACUCUCAGUGUGAUCGGGAGUUUUUCUGUCCUAGUGGUUUCUAUAGUGAGAUGGAGGCAUCUAAAAGAACAGGUGCACCUCCUGGUGCAGCUCGCCCUGGCAGACCUCCUGGCGGCUCUGAUCCUGAUGUUCACCAGUGCCAUGAACAAAGUUAGCAUGGAAAACAGUAUAACCAUCUGCCAAUACAGCCUGCCGCUGUCACUGACAUUUUAUUUUAUUUCAUUUUUGCUGGUGGUGGUUUACGCAUGGCAGUCAAAGAGCGCAAUCCAAGGGUGGAGAGCAAGCCCCACAGAGGAUGGGAGUGGACAGAGUCAGUGUAGAAGGACAAUAGUCACUAUACCUGUAUAUUUCAUUGUCUGGUUGAUCCCCAUUGCAAUAUACUUAGCAUAUGUGCUCACUCCUUUCAUAAAAACUACAAUGCUGAUUCCAACCACUGGCAAAUCAGAGAACGUGCUUGUCCAUAAUGAUACCAAAUACUGCACCAGUUGCAUUUUGUUCUUGCAUGUCUGGAGGGACUCCUGCUCUGAUGCUGAGAUAAUACACGACACUUUCAUCCGAGUUUUCCUUUUCCUCGUUGUGAUACCAGCAAUGUUUUCUAGCUCUGUCAUUUACUAUAAGGUUGGUAAAUGGUAUGAAAGACAUGAACAGGAGGGGCUUUUUCCAGUGGAGGGAGAUGGACGUUCAAGAAGAAGAUUCAAAAGAGUGUUUUCUACGGCAAGAAAUAUGGUGAUGGUCAUCUUAUUCUGCUGGGCACCAGCUCUUGUCCUCAUUCUGCUGUCUACCUUGAUGAUCUGGACAAAAGUUGAACAACGCAGCCUAUUUGGUCUUUAUAUGAUACAGGUUGCCGGUGUGUCCUUGCAAGGCUUCCUGAACAGUAUGGUUUACGCCUGGAGACGGCCCAACUUCACGGAGGCCGUUCUUGGGGAGAAUACACCCCUGGUGGCACACGACCGCGUGGCCUUCUUUGAUGAAUCACUGAGCAGCACAUGUUGACUCUAAAGGCACUGAGAGAUAUUGUUGUGCUGUGACAACACAAUUGGCCUGAGAAAGACUGACUGCAUGCUUGCACACUUCAUGGCUUCAUGACAAUUUAGACUGAAACAUGAAAAUGUUCUCAUUUGUGGCCUGAGGAUGAAAAACAGAACAAAACGAUAAAGGACACACAAAGACACUUUCAACAGGCAACGACUGAUGCAGUGUUUUUCAUUGCAGCUGCUGUUUUUCUCAUGAACACAACAGUCAUAGUAGCCUACAGUAUAGUAGCAUAUUGUUUAAUAUAAAUGGAGACAAAAAAACUUGUGGAUAAAUAUUAGUAUUGUAUUUAUAUAUGUGCAAUUAAUGUACUGUUUUAUUAAGAUUUUAAGAUGUCAUAGAGAAUUGUGGUGUGUGAUUUCUACUUUAUUAUGUUUUAUCACAUAUUUAUGUGUUAAUAUCGUUUAAUUGUCCGCUGCUUUUGAACCAAUGGAUUUAUUAUUGACUUAUUUUUCAGCAGUCUCUCAGUACUCUGUGCUGUGAUGCGAGACAAGAAUGAUGGAAAACCUGUCAGGGUUCUACACUUUGCAGAAGCACGUGUCACCUUAUGAUGACAUAAGAGUUCAGUCUCAGGAGCACAUAUGUGCUGGAACAGUGAGGAGUUGCUGCAGACAAGAGAAGGAACACAAUUUCUGCUUUGUCAUGUCUGUGUACGACCACAACUGUUAACAUAUCUCGUGAAAAAUAAAGUGUGGUUACAUAGCUGAGGUCACACAUGGGCCAUAUCUACUAUAUUAUUGUUCGCAGAGGCACAAAGAACAGUACACUCAUGUUAUAGUAUCCUAAACUCCACGUUAAAGCAUGUGUGUCUGUCUCUGAGUUAAACUCUAUUAAUGGUUGACAGACUGCAGGCAAACCUCUGUUGCUGCUCAUGUAGGUGAUCACCUGACUCAUUUAUCUGUUGUACUGUAAAGUAAACUUGAUGUUCAGUUCCUUUUCUGAAGGCCACACAGUCACCUAUGGGUGGGAUUGAUGCAUACAAUAAAACAUGAGGGUUAUACAGAACAAAGGGCUUGUAACAAUCUAACAGUUGAACCCUGAAAUCAGACAGAAAUAAAACAAACAGAUUUGAGAUAUGUCUGAUUUGUUUUGCUUGUGUAAAGAUAUUUUUAAUCCGUUCUGCCGAGCUUUGUUUUUCUUUUUUUUUUUUUUGAGUCAUAUUACUGUAAGACAAAAAAACCAUACGGACCACACCUUGACCUGAUUUCAGUUUCCUUGGGGCAAUCCAUUGUUGGAUGUGCUCCAGAUAUCCUGCCUAUUCAUAGAUAUCAUGUAAUAAAAAUGACUGUGUACCAGA